GUGUAAUGCCUAACCAACAUAUUGCAUUUUUUUUAUACUUAGUUUUAUAUUAUUUUGGUUUGAAUUUUUUUCGUGUAUCUUUUGGUAUUAAUUUUUUUUUAUCAGGACAACGACACACCCACGACCCCGACACACACACGACCUUGGCACACCCUCAACAGCCCCGUCGACGAGAAGAAAAGGUCGUGGCCCUGCUAGUAAUAAUGUUCUUGAAGAACGAAGGAAAAAAGCUGGGAAACCAUUGGAUCUAGAGCUUGAUCCUGUGACCAACAAAGUGGUUGGGCAGGAGGAUCAAGCUUUUAUUCGCAUGUUGGGAACUCUAGUUUCCAUGUUGUGUCCGGGGCAUUAUUUGGAUUUUGCUGAUGUACCUCAACAGUUUAAGGAUCAAGUGCUUGAUCGUAUGAGGUAUUACUAUAAUAUAGACGGUCAUCCACAACGUGAGUCAGUUCUGGCAACUCUCAACAAGGAGAUGGGGGAAAGAUAUCGCGAGAGAAAGAACUAUAGACAUAGACACUUCAAAAGUCAUUAUGCUGGACCAGAAGAUUUGGAGAAUGUCCUCUCUAAGCCACCUAACCAUUGCACUAAGGAGGCUUGGCAGCUUAUUUGUGAAAUGUUUUUGAGCGAAAGAUUUUUGGCUCGUUCCGCUAAAAAUCAAGCAAACAGAAGACAAAUGAAGUAUGUAACAACACAAGGCACAAAGUCGUUGGCAGCUAAGCGUCACGAAUAUGUAAGUGAAGAUGUUAAUUUAAUUUUAUAAAAUAACACAUUCUGAAACAUUUU